UCACUUCUCAGCCCCACUCCAGCCCAGACACCACCAUGACAGGCUCCUGCUGUGGAUCCUUCUCCUCCCAGAGCUGUGGAGGAGGCUGCUGCCAGCCCUNCUGCUGCCAGCCCUGCUGCUGCAGGGACCCCUGCUGCUGNCGCCCAGUGUCCUGCCAGACCACAGUGUGUCGCCCUGUGACCUGUGUGCCCCACUGCACCAGGCCCAUCUGUGAGCCCUGUCGCCGCCCCAUCUGCUGUGACCCCUGCAGCCUGCAGCAGGGCUGCUGUCGCCCCAUCACCUGCUGCCCCACCUCUUGCACAGCUGUGGUCUGCAGGCCCUGCUGCUGGGCCUCCACCUGCUGCCAGCCCAUCUCAGUGCAGGCUCCCUGCUGCAGGCCCCCUUGCUGCCAGCCUGCUCCCUGUCGCACCACCUGCAGGACUUCCCCAUGCAACACCUGCUGCUGAGCAGUGAGCUGAGCACCUGGGGCAAGAGUCAUCCUUUAGAAAAUAGUUAUGUUUCAGUUUCUUCUUGUAAACUCCUGCCCUGAGCCAUCCUAAAUCAGCCAGCUUGUGAAUGGAGGCCCAGAAGACUUGUGCAAGUCUUUAUAGCUGUCUGUGUCCUUCUUCCUCUCUUGGGUCUAAAAUCUUGGAUCAUAUUCAUUUAAAAAUAAAUUUCAGUUCUUGG